AUGGGAGUUCGUUCGGCCAGAAAAAUCCACGGAGAUACGAAGAUAACAUUGCCUACUAUUAGUUAUCAAUUGAAAAAACUACGAACUCAAGGUUCUCUGCAACACCGACAGGGUAAUGGUCGAAAACGUAAGAUUGACGCAAAAUGCGCUCGAGCGUUAGGUCAAUUUUUUAGACGAAAUAGUGAAGUUACGUUGCAUGAAUUGACUGAAAAAUUACAGAAUCAAUGUAAAUUAACUGUUUCUACUAGCACCAUCUCACGCCAUUUAAAUCGUCUUGAAUAUGUAAAUUGUUUACCAUUGAAUACUCCAAUGCUAACGGAAGAGCACAAAGAGCGCCGAGUCGAAUGGGCCAAAGAACAUUUAAAUGACGAUUGGAAAGCUACAAUAUUUACUGAUGAAAGCUCAUUUCAAUUGUUUAGAAAUACUAUUCGUCGAUGGUCAAAAUGCGCAGCAGAAGAAAAAAAAAGAAUCCCGAAGAAUCGGCAAAAAGUUCAUGUUUCGGGUUCUAUUAGUUAUCGUGGACGAAUCGUGUUUCAUUCGUUUCAAAAUAUUAUGGAUAGUAAUUAUUACAUUGAAAUAUUAGAAAACAACUUAAUUAUGAAUGCCAAACGUCAAUUCAAGACUAAAUGGCGAUUGCAGCAAGAUAAUGACCCCAAACACAGAUCUUCAAAAACUGAAAGAUGGUUGUCUGAGAAUGUUCCAGUCGUUAUGAACUGGCCAGCGAAUAGCCCUGAUCUCAAUCCGAUUGAAAACAUUUGGAACAUCAUGAAACAUCGGAUUGAGAAAAGAAAACCGAAAAAUAUUAAUGAAUUGAAGAUUUUUAUCGAUGAAGAAUGGAACAGCAUCGAAAAAAAUGUUAUAAUUAGGGGUGUGAAUUUAUUGUUAUUGUUAUUAAUAACAAUAACUUUUUUGUUAUUGUUAUCAAUAACAAUAACUAUUUUUGUUAUUUGUUAUUAA